ACCCCUCGACAUGCAAAACAACGACAAGAAAAAUACGUUUUUCAAUCUCUUCCCCAACAAUCAGCCACCGAACCAGGGGUUCUCUUUGGGUACCGGCAACAAGGACAGUAGCAGUGGAUUGUUCGGCAACACGAGUAAUUUUGGGAGCGGACAGAGCGGUACGGGUGGCGGUUUGUUCGGCACCAACACUGGACUCGGUUCUCAAAUGAACACCGGCAGCAAUUUUAUGGGCAAUCAGGGACCUGCACCGAGCACCAACAUGGGACAGACUGGUGGAUUGUUCAACACGCCGGGUACGGGGUUGAGCGGUACCACAGGCACAACUCCAUUCGGUUUACCGAAUGCAGCUAACACCAACAACUCUUUUUUGGGAACACAGGGUGUUGGUGCCAACCAAACAGCGAAUACGGCUGGCAGUGUUUUUGGCACGACGGGCAGCGGACUGUUCGGCUCUCAGGCUGCCAAUCAGAGCACCUCUGCAAGUGGUGGGCUGGGUGUUGGUCCGUUCGGUGCGCAACGCGCGGGUGCAUCAUCACAACCGAACAACACCGGACUGUUCGGCGCACCAAAUCAGAACGGGGCCGGUGCUGGUCUUUUUAAGACACAGACACAGCCAAGUGCGGUCACGACCGGCUUGUAUGGCAUGCAGCCGCAGGCAACUGCGCCAAGUGGCUCUGUGUUUGGCGGAGUUCCACAAAAUACGGUGGGGACCGGGCCGUUAAGUGCCCAGCAAGGAGCAACACCGUAUGGAACACAAGCACAGGGCAUCACUGGUACGGCAGUAUGCGGGCCCGCACAGCCUGCUGUUGUAGCAAAUUCUGGCGGCAUUGCCGGCACAAGUGCACUAGGCGGUCAUACCGCCGAUGCUACCGUUCAGCAGCCCCUAUCCGGUGGCCCUUUAGGUGCUACUACCGCACAGCCUAUCGAUGCAUUUGGCAGGGCAACGAUACAUCCGGGCUCCAUUGGCGGAAAUGUCUUUGGGUCGAAGGAUGCUCCUGCUCCGAGCACAACCGGUACUAACCUAUUCUCUGCUUCCAAACCAGUUGCAGCACAGCCGUCCAUGGCACCACAAAGUGCAGCAGCUGCACAGCAGCCGCUGGGCACAUCUGCACACGCAGCGGCUGAGAUGGUAGAUGGCAACACCUACGUCGACAUAACAAGCGUGCCCCUCAACUUUCGCCAGAAAUCCUUUAACGAGAUCCUGGCAGAAAUCAGCGCUGAGCUGGAAAAGGACGUAAAAUUCUUCAAAAAGAAGGCCGAGGAGGUCUUCGCUCAGGACGAGAAGAUAAUAAGGGCACGCAACAAUUAUGUCAAACUGUUAGAUCGGUUGAAAGCCGAGGAGGACAAGAUCAAUGAGCUUGAGGAGAACGUAGAAUUUCUCUUCAAGUGGCUUGAAUCGAUGAAGAUCGAUGACAGCGUGAAGUAUUUGAAUGAGCUUGAGCAGUGCUACGAUGAGUUUAUGGAUGGCGUGAUGCAGCAGAAGAACAUUGAGGAUGAGAUUGCCGGUAUCAUCAACGAGAACAUGAAGCUGAUCAGCAUAAUUGAUGAGGAUUUGGAGUGUAUGGAGAGUAUGAAAUGAAGAUUUGAAUAAAAGUAUAAAUGUAUUAUUUUGAUGGUGGAGAUGCUGUGAUCAGUUCAAGUUACGUUUUCUAUGCCGUGUAAUUGAUGCAGUACGAUGAGCUGAUAGACUGUGUGUAUGGCGUGGUGUUUGACCACAGAUCGUAAUUUUGACGUGUUAUCGUGCACGGUUGAGUUUUACGGGCAACACAAUGUAAAAAUAGUAAUGAGCUACGUUUCACCGUUCUUUGUUGCGAAUUAAAAAUUGUGUUGCUCGUAAAUGAUCAGAUAAUGGGGAGACAGCAAUAAAAUCAUAUUCAUUUUAUGUGCAGCACCGUUCUUGACUUUGACUGCUGAGAGUGGUGUAUAAAAUUUUGAGGAGAUGAUGCGUAAAAUUUGGAGA